AUGGGUGCAGGCCCAGUUGGGCUUGCUAUCGCCUUGAGACUUGCGCUAGCUGGUAUCGUGGUCGACGUGGCAGAGGAGGAGUCGAGGCUAGGUGAGGAACCUCGUGCUGUGGCUUAUUACGCGAGCGACCUGAUUGCCUUGGAUAAGAUGGCGGUGAUACCGGAUAUGGAGAAGGCAGGGUUUGUUUCUGAGGGGUUUUGCUGGCGUAAGCCAAUCCAUGACGAUGGGCAGGGAGGUUAUCUGAUGGGUGACGCGAUUGCUCGUUUGCCUAUUCCUCAGGAUACUACAAAAGAGUCCCAUGGUGUUGGUGGCAACUUGUAUCUGCCACAGCCAGAGCUUACCAAGUUUUUAUUCGAGAAAGCAACCGCAACUGGCUUGUUCACUUUGCAUUUCGAAGAGACCCUCGUCAGAAUCAAGCAAAAUGCUUUAGGCAUCAGAGCCACGUCCAGGAGAGAUGACAUCGAAACAACAUUCCAAGCAUCCUAUCUAGUGAGUGCUGAUGGCGGCCAGUCCGCUACCAGGGGGCUUUUGGAUAUUCCUCUGAGAGGGUACAGCUGGCCAGAGAAACUGAUAUCCAUCGAUUUGCUAUUCGAGGAUUCAAAUCUCGACACAAAGUUCCCAAGCCAGUUCAUUGUACACCCGAUAUCCUGUGGCUUUGUCACUCCAUUAAAACCCGUCGAGACUGGAAAGCGGACCCUAUACCGGUGUGCUGUUAGCUUGGACCCAGAAGACCAGACGCCCGUUGAUGAAAUGAAUUCUAUCACUCAUGUCACGUCCCUUCUGGAGAAAACGCUUCCUGGCCCCAGGCCAAUCAACGCAAAAAUAAUCAAGACUUCUCUCUAUCGGAUCCAUCAAUUGUGCGCUUCUACUUUCAGAAGGGGAAGAUGUGUGCUUGCGGGAGACGCAGCUCAUCUUAACGACCCCAUGGGUGGUAUGGGACUUUCAACAGACUUGAUUGACUCCGAAGCCCUAUGCGACAUCCUCGAGAUGAUUAUUCUUGAAGAAUAA